UCCAACUCCCCUUCCCUUUGAUCUCGAGUACUUCUCUCUCUCUCUCUCUCUCUCUAAAAAUGGCAACAAUGCAGUACAAGAACCUGGGAAGAUCAGGUCUUAGAGUGAGCCAACUCUCGUACGGAGCAUGGGUGAGCUUCGGCAACCAACUGGAUGUCAAAGCGGCGAAAUCCCUCCUCCAGUGCUGCCGCGACCACGGCGUCAACUUCUUCGACAAUGCUGAGGUCUACUCCGACGGCCGGGCCGAGGAGAUUAUGGGCCGGGCCAUCCGGGAGCUGGGCUGGCGCCGCUCCGACAUCGUCGUCUCCACCAAAAUCUUCUGGGGCGGGACAGGCCCAAACGACAAGGGCCUCUCUAGGAAGCAUAUAAUCGAGGGGACCAAGGCCUCGCUUAAGAGGCUCGACAUGGAGUAUGUUGAUGUUGUUUAUUGCCACCGCCCAGACUGCUUGACGCCGAUCGAGGAGACGGUGAGGGCGAUGAACCAUGUGAUUGACAAUGGAUGGGCUUUCUAUUGGGGGACCAGUGAGUGGUCAGCCCAGCAGAUCACUGAGGCCUGGGGGAUUGCCGAGAGGCUCGAUCUUGUUGGGCCUAUUGUAGAGCAGCCAGAGUAUAAUCUCCUUUCCAGGCACAAGGUUGAGGUUGAGUACCUCCCUCUCUACAGCAACUAUGGGACUGGGCUUACUACUUGGAGUCCACUUUCUUGUGGAGUGUUCACUGGAAAAUACAGUAAGGGAGUUAUACCACCUGACAGCCGAUUAGCAUUGCAAAAUUACAAUAAUCUUGCUAACAAGUCACUGAUUGAGGAUGCAGUGCUGAAAAAGGUGAAUGGCCUGAAGCCGAUUGCAGAUGAACUAGGUGUCCCAUUAUCUCAACUUGCAAUUGCAUGGUGUGCUGCAAACCCUAAUGUCUCUUCAGUUAUUACUGGUGCUUCCAAGGAGUCUCAGAUUCAAGAGAACAUGAAAGCCAUUGACGUUAUCCCCUUGCUGACACCCGAAGUGUUGGAGAAGAUCGAAGCCGUUGUACAAACUAAGCCAAAGCGUCCGGAUUCGUAUAGGUAG